CAACUUUGCUUAAAUAUGACGAAUUCUAAAAUUGCCACAUCAACAACACCAACAAGCAAUGGCAAAUGUAUGAUUGACAAAAUUGGAGAUUCUGGGGGCUUAUUUGAUCUUGUGGUGCGUCCAAUGUUUCAGCAGGGCCACGAAGGAGAACUUUGCAGUUGGUUGAAAGAGUUUAGCCUCAUAAGAACAACAUUAGGAUGCCAGCAGCCCGAAUGUCAGGGUAAAAUUCUAGCUUGGAAUACAGCUCGGGUUAUCGAUAGAUACACGUGGGUUUGUCCUACGUGUUCUAAAAAACAAUCUAUCAGAGAAGGUUCUUUUUUUAUGGGAGUUAAAGGGGAUUUUAGAACGUGCCUUCAACUUAUUUUAGCUUGGUGUCAGGAUAUUCCGUCAGACAUUGCAGCUAAUAAUUUUGAAAUUAAAGAGCAUGUAAUCAAAAAAGUUUAUGAGAGAUGUAGCCAAGUCGCUGAAUUUUAUGUUAACUCUCACCCAGAAGAUUUUAAACUUGGUGGCCCAGGUUGCGUUGUUUUAGUCGACGAAUUUCCUAGUGGGUAUAUGACAGACAUAACUCCUGAUGUAACUACUACAAGGAAACAUUUAAAGCAAUACGGAGUUUUUAGUGUUGAGCACUUACAAAAAUUCGACACUCCGGAUACUCAUAAACUCUUAAAUAAUCUUGCCACAAUAUGGCAAACCGGUCUUGGAGUUUGUGAAGAAAUUCAAGAGUCAACGCGUGGAGCUGCCAAGCAAAUAAUAACAAAUCAUUUAUGGAGACAAAGGUAUGGAUCAAUACCUUCAGUAGCCUUUCAAAAUAUGCUCAAUCAUAUUGUCGAGUGUUACCGUUUCACUUGA